AGGAAGCACAACUCCCCGGGCAGCUUUCGCAGAGCUUCUGCCGCGCUCAGCUUUCACUUUCACUUUCUCCGCCUCUCACAGGCGCAGGAAGCAGGAAAGCUCCGCUUGGACCCAGCACCUCGCAGCCCAGCACAGCCCUGCCGCAGUCCCCGCAGCCCUUGGAGGUUCCCGCAGCCCAGCUCCGUUACCGGCUCGGUCCUGGGACAUCCCUGAUGGGAAUUGUGGUAUCCUGCAUUUUUUCGUGCUUCAGGAUGGUGAAAUCCUGCCUGGCAGCCUGCUGGGCUGGGGCAGUGUCGUGCUGGCGGGCUUGGACCAGAGGUAUCAGAUCUGACUCCAUAGGCGACCAUGUGCCAGCCUUUGAGACGAUUCACUUCAUGCUGUACAAGAGCAUCCCCGGGCAGGGAGAGGUCUUCCAGGAGGUGGCAGAGACAGCCCCGCAGCCCGGGGACAUCCUGCUCUUCCCCCUGAGCAGCUAUGGCUCCUGCAGCUCCCUCUUCAGACACGCAGCUGUCUGCUGUGGCGACGCCGAGGUCAUACACUUCCAGAACACGGAUGUCCAGAAGAACGUUGGUAGGAUCAGCAAGGAAGGCUUCCAUGCAUUGAGAAGGGAAAGGGGGAGCUGCCUGAUGUACCGCAAAAGAGACGGGAUCGACCUCAAGGAGUUCCAUGGCAAAGUCCGGGAGGCAAUGCACAGCACAGGCAGCUAUUACCCAGGCACCAACAACUGCAUCCACUUUGCCCUCUGGCUUCUGGGCUUGGAGGGCUCCUACAUGCAUCUGGUGGAAGUCUCAAAUGGCAGAGGGAGGCUGAGUGGUGCUCCGUGAUGUGAAGGGACUGGCAAGAGCCACAUCAGCCUGAGGAUGACCAGCCCUGACCCACACAGGAGCCUCAGCAUUGCCCCACGCACCCCAACGCCUCAUCCCAGGGAAGGACCUCUGCUGCGGAGGAGCUGUUCCCUUCUGCUUGCUGGAGCUUCAUUGCCAGGCAUGAUUUAGGUGCUUCAGGAAGGCUGCCUCCAUUGAAUGUCCCCAUUUGUAGCAGAAAUUAAUAACCUGUAUGAGUUAUGACUAUUAGUUUCUUUAUGAAUAUUAUUUUUAUUAAUAAUAUUAAAAAAUCGGUAAAGUUC